UCGCUCAUAUGACUGCUCUGAGCCGGGCUCCGCUCUACCUCCACCACGACGAACAGGUGGACCUGCAAUGGAAUAUCGGCUCACAGAUCCUUCGGCCGGUCCUGGGCCGUCUGGACUCUCUCGUAUCCCUUCAAAUAUUUGGGGACGCAAUCGCCUUGGAUUUCGAAAUGUGUCGGAACGUCGCGGAGGCGUUCCCGCGCUUGGAGACAUUGGCAUUGAUGGAUGAAGGCACCGACCUUUACGCCGGGUCGCUGAGUCCAAGACUCGAUACGGCGGCACGAGCUGCGCCUCUCGAGGGCCUCGCGUUCUUUGCGAAGCAUUGUCGUGCGCUCACCAGUAUCAGGAUGCCCGUGCGAAUCGAGAGCAGCGUGCUGCCUGCCUGGCCCGCCGCGCAAGAUGUUACUGGCACUCAUCUCGACUUGGUCUACUGCACAGCGCAUACUCUGCGCACCUCUCAGUGGUACCUCCUCUUCUCUCUGUUCAAGUGCCUAUGA